AUGGUUAUUAGAUUACCAUGGCUUCUUCAAGCAGUUCUACUCAGCCUAACAAUCUUAGCAUCAGGUAAUCCGUUAUUUUUACAAACGGGUCGAGACAUCGAACCGGUUAUAAAAUGGAGCCAACCGAUGGACACCUGGAACUGGACAGAAGAGCCGCACAAUGACGAAGCGUUACUCUCCCCCUCGAACUUCACUCACAAACUACCCCCAACUGCCAAUGAGACGGAACUGAUAGCUCACAUGGCCGCCUUGAAACGGAACUACUCCAGGCUUUUAUGGGACAGCGACAAAAGCAGUAAUUUGCCGCUGUUCUUCGAUAAAGCGCUUAAACUUCUCAACUUAAAACAAGUUUAUUACGAAGUAGAACACUCUGUUAUGUCAAAAGUGUCGUGCACCGCUUGCAAGGCGGGCGCGGGAUUAUUGCAACACUACAUGCGGCUCGGUAAGAGUAAGGAAGAAAUCAACAAGAUGAUUUAUAAAUUCUGCGUCUCCUUAAACAUACAGUCGGCGAGGGUGUGCGACGGGAUAACUCGGCUGUUCGGGAGUGAAGUAAUUUAUGUCCUAAAAAGAGUUACGUAUGGACCUGAUGAAAUAUGUAGCUUCGUUAUUGGUGACGCGUGUGGCGACGUUUACAACCCCUAUCACGAGUGGGAAGUCGCUUUUCCACCAGUACCUAAGCCGCCAAGGCAAGACUUGGAGGCCCCAGUUGAAAAAGCCCCGACCUUCAAAGUAUUGCAGAUAUCUGAUACACAUUUCGAUCCGUAUUAUGCCGAAGGCUCAAACGCAGAAUGCAACGAGCCACUCUGCUGUAGAGCAUCGAAUGGACCAGCGGUGACUCCCGGCGGCGGAGCAGGUCGGUGGGGUGACUACCGGAAAUGUGAUACGCCGAAACGCACCAUUGACCACAUGUUAAAGCACAUAGCAGAUACGCAUACCGAUAUUGACUACAUUCUAUGGACUGGAGAUCUGCCCCCACAUGACGUCUGGAACCAGACUAAGGAGGAAAAUCUAAAAGUGCUCCAAGAGACGGUGUCUCAAAUGUCUGAUAUGUUUCCGGGAGUCCCGAUUUUUCCUGCUCUUGGCAAUCACGAAUCCUCGCCAGUUAACAGUUUUCCACCACCGUACAUAUCGUCGCCAGAAUCGAACAUAGCCUGGUUGUACAACGAGUUAGACGCCCAGUGGCGACGAUGGCUACCAGCCGGUGUCUCACAUACAGUGCGGCGAGGUGCUUUUUACUCCGUGCUAGUUCGUCCCGGCUUUCGAAUUAUAUCUCUCAACAUGAACUACUGUAAUAACAAAAAUUGGUGGCUCCUUCUAAAUAGUACAGACCCAGCGACAGAACUGCAAUGGUUGAUAUACGAGCUCCAAUCGGCUGAAUUCAGCGGUGAGAAGGUCCAUAUAAUUGGGCACAUACCCCCCGGACACUCGGACUGCUUGAAGGUGUGGAGUAGAAAUUAUUAUGCCAUUAUUAACAGAUACGAGUCCACUAUCACCGCCCAAUUCUUCGGACAUACGCACUUCGACGAGUUUGAAGUGUUCUACGAUCCUAAUGAUUUAGGUAGAGCUACAAGUAUAGCAUAUGUGGGUCCGUCCGUGUCACCAUAUUAUGACUUGAAUUUAGGAUAUCGAAUAUACUACGUCGAUGGUGACCACGACGCCACUACCAGGCUGGUCGUAGACCAUGAGACGUGGAUCAUGAAUUUGAAAGAAGCGAACCUGUUCGGGUACCCGAUUUGGUAUAAGUUGUACUCAGCGCGUUCAGCAUAUAUGAUGUCGGCUCUGCGCCCUGAAGACUGGGACAGAUUUAUAGACAAUAUGACUGAGAAAGAAGACCUCUUCAAUUUAUAUCAUAAGCAUUACUGGAAGAACAGUCCCCGCCGCGGCACCUGCGACGGAGAAUGCCGCAAGAGACUAAUAUGCGACGCGCGCUCGGGCCGCUCUCACGACCGACGCGCCCUGUGCGUCAACAUCGAAGCGCGAAUCGACGGCGCUUCGCCCACCCCGCAGACCUGGCGCGCCUGGUUCUAUAACGGCCUGUCCACCAAGUGUAGAGCAAGUCUAGCGGUGAUGGUUUUUAAUGCAGACUGUAAGGAUGUCAAUGCUGAUGCAGAUACCACAAGUAGCAUAUCAAAUACCAAAGUUUGUGAUGGGGCUCGGUUAAACGUAUAUUGUGAAAGUCGUCGCCACCGCAGUUAG